CAAAUGUUUUGUGUUGGUUCUUCUUACUCGACGUUUAUUACUUAUUAGUAGUAUUAUGGUCAACAGGAAGUGGAACUUGGUUUCUUCAGGCACUUCCUUUUACAUACUUGGAUAAAAUACCCCACCAAAAAAUAUGUUCUAAUUAGUUUCAGUUAAAAGUUUUACCAUAUAAAACCUCAAAUUGUUAUAUAAAUAUUAAUUUGACCCUGUGUGCAUGAUCUUCGUCAAAAUGCAUUUGCACAACAUCGUGUAUUUUGUUUCUCUGUUUUCCAUUAUUUCCGGAAGACAUAUUAGGAACAAGCGAGACACAUACGAUCCAGAUUACGAAGCAUGGCUAAGUGAACUCGAGUCUCAAAUUAUAAGAAAUUCGGAGGAACUGCAGAAUGUUAAUUCAACCGUAAUUAAUCCUCCUGACGUGCCGGAAGAUCAUACAACACCAGGAAUCAGUGACCAUGUCAUUGGUGAAGAGGUACGGGAGCCAAUUGUUGUCACCGCAAAGCCAUAUCUAACCGGAGAAGAGGACGAAAAACCAGACUCUUCAGUCACAGAAAAAGUGGAAUUCAGUAACUCGGAGGAAGGGUUAGGAAACUUGCCUGAAGGAGAAAGUCAAGCCACAAACAACGGUACACACAUUCGUGAGGAUGGCAGCCAACUCAUCAAGAAUGAGGAUGGGAACAGAGUGAGAGAAAUUCUGGACAAGAUUUUAAUAGAAAUACCAAAAAUUCCUUUUCCUCCGACCAAAACUUCAUUACAACAGUUCACUGAUGAGAAUGGUCGGGACAGUAGUGGUUCCGAAGUUGGGACAUUUGUAUUUCGGAUGAGAAACCACACCCCCAUGAUCAUUUUGGGGUGCGUAUUGUCCCUACUCACCCUGAUUGCUUUGGUUGUAACUAUUUGUCAGGUUAUAAAAAAAUUGAAUACAAACGCUUCCGUCACCCUCAUUGCCCAUUACGAGCAUGAAGAUGCAGUAUCAAGUAAAACCCUCAAGUCGUAAAAAUGUAAAUGGCCAGACGCGAUGAUGACAUUCAAUAAGCGACAAGCAUUCAAAUUGUCAUUUAAGUACACCUAUUUUUAUUUCUCUGGUUGAUAAGAAAAUUCUGAUCAAGUAUGAUUGACUUGUGGUGUUGAAAUUAGUUUGCACGCGGUUCACUCACAAAGGAGAUAAAAUUGGAACACUGAUAAAACUGUGAUGCUUACUUAUCACGUCAGCAGAAAAAGGACACCGGUUCGCACAACUGUGACACAAUUAAUUACCAAUAUUUAUUUACCGGUCAUAUUAAGUACAACAAUCAACCAUGUUUUUAUUUUUUAAUUAUGUAUAAAAAAACUUCUGGAUCUACCAACAUAUAAAUUAAUUUUUACUUCAAUAUAAUAGAAUAUACGGAUAUCUAUAAAAUGUUGCAGUUAAUUGCGAUCCGAUGUGACGUGAUGUAACAUUUACAUUACAUUAGAUUGGAAUGCAAUGCAUCAGAAAUGUGCAGAGAUGAUUAGAUUAUUGAUUAGAAGCAAUGCUUAUAUUAUUUUACAAUAAGGUGCUGAUGAUUUCAAUUUGUUCGAUCAUUCGUUUUAAUUAUUUCGCAUCGUCAUAAAUUCUUCCAUUUUCUCGAUCGACUGGCUUCGCGUUAUUUUUUCUGCGGACCAUGGAUAAAUUUACCCUAUUCGUUCUCAUAUUCGCGUUGGUCUCCAAUAUACUUCCUAAAAGUGAGGCACAAACUGCUCCAAGAUGUCCCGUAGAGGGAGACGCCGAAACGUGUGACCUUCCCGACUGCAGGUGUAGUAGUACUAGCAUCCCCGGAGGUUUAGAUCGUUCAGAAACCCCACAGAUAGUGCUCUUCUCCUUCGACAGUGCAGUAAAUGUAAACAACUACCCAAUGUACAUUGACCUCUUGGAGGGCAGAAAAAAUCCCAAUGGUGCCGAUAUCAGCGUGACAUUUUUCGUAUCGCACGAAUACAAUGACUAUAAUUUGACUCAUCAGCUCUAUCGACUUGGGCAUGAAAUCGGAUUGAAUAGCAUUACUCGAUCUUCGAGCACGGACUACUGGAGAAGUCUCAACGAGUCAAUGUGGACUGCUGAAAUCGUGGACCAAAGGGAACAGAUGGCUCUCCUGGCCAAUAUUUCUAGUGCUGACAUCAAGGGCAUGCGUGCUCCGCAACUGCAAAUCGGGGGCGACACAAUGUACAGUGCUCUUUACAAUGGCAUGAUCACUUGGGAAUCAUCCCGACCAACGUGGAAUAUGCGUCAACCUGGACUUUGGCCUUACACGAAUGACUAUUUGUCUAAUCAAGAUUGUCAGAUUGCUCCAUGUCCCACGGGGGAAUAUCCAGGCUUCUGGACCGUGCCAAUGAUUGACUUAAUUGGUUCGGAUUUCUCCCCAUGUCCAUUGGUGGAUCAAUGCAAUCCCAGACCGACUACAGCCGAGGCAACAUUUUUAUUGCUGAGGUCAAAUUUCUUGGAUCAAUAUCUCGGAAACAGGGCUCCUUUUGGAGUUUUUUCCACUUCAGCCUUUCUUCAAGGAUCACUACCAGAGUUCGAAGCUCGGCGAGAAGGAUACAAAUUGUUCCUUGAUUUCCUUGCCACCAUGACGGACGUCCAUGUUGUUAGCAUAAGUAAAGCUUUGGAGUGGAUCAAAGCUCCAGUAGCGUGGACUGAAAUUGAUGACUUUGUACCCUGGCAGCCGGAAGGUGUGCAUGAAAACUAUUGUAACCUUCCGAGGAGUUGUCGAUAUGAUUUCCAAGGCUCGGAAAGAUAUAUGAUGGCGUGUACACUGUCUUGCCCUCCGCAAUACCCUUGGCUGUUCAAUCCCCUUGGACAAAACAUAUAAAUAUUAUUAACCAUCCCGAUAAAGAAUAUCUGUUUGUUUUACUAUUGGAUUUGAUCAAUACACAGUCAAUCAAUAUUACACAUGUG